GCAGGUAGAACACGUCCGACUAGUGGUGCCGGUUUUCCUUUAGCUCAUUCUAUCAUUAUAAUGUUUAUGUCUACCAGGAUCAUACUUUCCUCCAUACUAAGCUCCAAAAAUAGACGUGAACAAUUUACAAGUUGCCUUCGUUCACUGGAAGUGUUUCGUGUUCGUAAUUAAUCGUAAUAAGAAACAGAACUGGGCCAACCCUACCAGCAGCGCCGAGGUUUCAGUGUGCUCUAGUGCAACUGCAAUCAUUUCCAUGGUGGCACCGACCUCCGUUCCUCGCUGCUUCGCAUUGUUUCCUGGAUCUUCAGUCGCUGAUUGUUACUUAUGCACCAAAUGAAGCUUAGACUCAAAUGAACACUUUUAUUGAUGAAGCAUCUGAAACCAUCUAUACAAGAGAUAAAAUGACCAGUAAAUGUUAUGUGCUUCUUUGGAGUGUGAAGAGUCAUGUUUAGUGUGGCUAAGAUUUCAUAAUUGUUGUUCCAAAAGGUGUAAGAGGUGGAAAACUGUUACUUUCCUCACAAAGGCUUGUGAUGCUUUAGUACAUAGAAUACUGUUCUAUCAUUUAUAUAAAAGCAAGUUAUUUGGAAGAAUUUUUCAUGAAAUUAAUUAAGCCUAAAAAGAUAAUAGUUUAAAAAGUAGUUUGUUUACUUUCUCAGGCCAGAGAGAAGUUUGUGUUUGUUUUUGUUUUUUUAUUUAACCGAAAAAGUAAUUGUGCAUUGUGUCCAGUGUUUCAACAAAGAUUCUAAAACAGCAAUGGGAGACAUCACAUUUGAUUCCCACAAUUUAUCAAGGGAAUCUUUUCGUCUUGAAACCUUUGGCAGCGACAUCUUGAAUGAAGUAAAAGAUCAGUUUGCAAGAGCAGGGUUCUACUACACACGAAAUGGAUCAAAAGUCAAGUGUUUCACUUGUUAUUUGGAGGUUGAUGCAAGUGAGGUUAACCCAACUGAUGAUAUAGUAAAAAUGCACAAGGAAAAGCGACCAGAAUGUCGAUUCAUCAUGAGGUUUGAGCCUGACAUGAAUGCUAGAUCCAAGAAGUUCCUGUCCUAUGACAGUCUUCGAUACGAAAAGGAGCGUUUGGAAACCUUUAUAGAGUGGCCCAUACCAUGGCUUUCACCAGAGAACCUUGCAGCGGAUGGAUUUUAUUACUUGAGAACCAGUGAUCACUGUGCCUGUGUUUUCUGUCGUGGGAUAGUGGGAGCUUGGGAAGUUGGCGAUACCCCAAGGGGUGAACACCAUCGUCACUUUCCUCACUGUCCUUUCAUAAGAGGACAGGCUGUUGGUAAUGUUCCCCUAAAUCACAGUGCCAUUCUGGAUAAGCUACCAUUAGAUGGGGAAGAGUGCCCAAUGCCUCCACCAAGAUGUGAAUAUGUUCCUGACAAGAGUGGAGCUACAGUGGGGUCAAGUUCAGGACGACACAUGCCAGGAUCUUAUGCAGAAUGCAAGGGGCCUGGCAAGAAGAAUGACAACAUAAAUUAUGAUGAGAUUGGACUUCGUCAGUACACUGGUCCUAAAAGGAAGGAUUUUAUCACCGUUGAUAGUCGACUAAAGAGCUAUAAGAAGUGGCCAGAGCGAGUGGAGCAGAAACCCAAAGAAAUGGCUGAUGCUGGAUUUUUCUAUUGUGGGUUGAGUGACCAUGUCCGAUGCUUCCAUUGUGGUAAUGGACUUCGUAACUGGGAAAAGGAUGAUAAGCCGUGGGAGGAACAUGCAAGGUGGUAUCCAAACUGCAAUUUUGUCCUCCUUUCCAAGGGCCAAGAGUUUAUUGAUAAGGUUCGAUGUGAAAAGCCUCCUUAUUUGCGUUCAGUAGCAGUCAAGGGCAGCAAGCCCCAAAAAGUUGCAGCUUCAAGUGGAAAGUUUAAGCCAAUUUCAGAAACUGAUUUAGAUCCCCUGAUGGAAUCGGACAUUAUCAGUGCAGUGAAAGACAUGGGCUUUUCUUUGGAUAAAAUCAGGUUGGCUCUUCGUCAUAAAUUGGAGCAGACGGGAAUGCCGUUCUUAAGUUUGGAGCCUUGUAUUGAAGCAGUUUUUCAGAUUAUGGAAGAAGAAAAUAGGCAACAAUUACAAGGUGCCAACAGCACCACAGUUGAAGAUGAAGCAGUAUCUCGGCAGAGUGACAAGAUGCAAGCAUUACAUAAUGAAUCCCAAAGUGGUUUAGAUGAAGUUACCACAUCUAGUUCUAACAUAGCUUCUGCAGGCCCAUCACAAACCUCUGAAGGUGCCUCACCACCUGUUAUUGUAUCAGAGUCAGCGGCUCCAGUUAUUGAUCAACAAAGCGAAGCAGUUGGAUGUCCAGCAGAAUCCACUACUAUGACAUCCACACCAACAUCAUCAUCAGCUUCAGUAGAACAAUCUUCCAAUACCACUGUAAAUACAGCAGUGUCUUCUGAGGCUGCAGCAGAAUCAAUGGAAGUAGAUGAAGAGCCUUCUGAUCAUAUGGAAUCACAGGAUAAUAGUCUGUCAGAGCAUCCUGUUUCAGAGUCAGAAAAUUUACCUGGUACUGUAGUAGCUAUGCAAGAAGCAGAUGAAAGAAUCAGUGCUGCAUAUGAAGUAUUAAAACCAGUACGUUCUGGUCCUUCAUCCCUUGAAACAGAGAGUGAAAAUGGAAACAAAACGGAGGAGAAUACAGAAGGGCAAACUACCCCUGUUAAGAAGGAUUCUGUGUCAGCAUGCCAUCAGUCACAUAAGGAUAUUGCUGGAGAGUUGGAAAGGAUUCGUGAGAGCAGAACCUGCAAGAUCUGCAUGGAUGCUGAAAUGGAUGUUGUGUUUUUACCAUGCACUCAUAUGGCUACCUGUUCCAAAUGUGCUGUUACCAUGGAGCAAUGCCCAAUAUGUCGUUUGAGUAUUAAGUAUACCAUUAAGCCAAUUUUUUCUUAGCUCUCUCCUCUACUUCUGUGAUAGGAUACAGAGGAGUGUAUUUUUUAGUGAAAAGAGUAGGAGGAUUAAGGCAGAACUUUGUCCUGUCUUCCCCCCCGAUGGUUCAGGACUUUGACGAAGUGGGGGGGCUUGCGUGGUACAUAGAAGAACUGAGCGAUGAUGGUGGGGUAGUUUUCUACCUCGGUAGGUCCAACCAUACCCUCAAGGUUAGUUCAGAGUACCCAGACAAAGACUGGACCUCUUGUUAUUUCUACUAUAUGUAGUAAUUUCCUUUCUUCACUUCUUGAUCUCUUAAUAUAUGUACUGUCAACUGCUACUGCCAGGAGUAUAAUUAUUUGCAUUUACUCCUAGACACCAUAAAAACACCAUUCACUUUGAAGUUGGAAAGGUCCAUGCUGCAAUUCACACUGACGGUUCCAAAUUCUAUAUUUCUCUAUUCUUCCAAACAGUCAUUUAACCUAAAUGUAUCUCUGAACUAACCAACCUUGAUAACAUGGUUACAAACAGGGUCGUGAGGGUAUGACUUGGCCUAGUUGAGAUAGAAUAUAAAACGAACAUGGCUGCUGUGGUUUCAUUUGAAAUACAAACCGCCAGUCUUCUAAGAAUGUAUUAUAUAUGCUUUUCAAGGGCAGUGAACUAUAAUAUUGUCAAUAAGUUGCAGAUGUAUUUUAGAUUUGACAAUUGAGCAUAUUGCUGUAAAAGGAAACCACUUUAUAUAGCACUUUAUCUUUAAAAAAGAAAAUAAUAAAAGUUACAAAGGCUGUGAAUGUGUUUGGUAAAGUGUAAGUAAAUUGUAUAGUGAUCCUUUUGUUAUACUCAAUUCCUGAUUACUUGUGUUGGCAGAUAGUCAAUUUAAAUUUUCAUUUUAAAAACCAGUUGUAAAUAUCUGGCUGUUGCUUAGGAUUUUCACGUUAAUUAUUGAGCAUUCAUUUAUAAGUUUGAUAGAAUUCUUGGAAAAAGUGCAGUCAUGUUUGUUGAAAAAUCGUAUUCAUACUCCACAGCAUUGCAAGUGCUUAUUAAUGUAUUCCAUUACAUAACUUAUUAUGUAUUAAUAAGGUAAUGAAAUUUUUUUUUUCUUAUCCUCCAUCUUAUUGCCAAACGUAGUAUUUUUACUAUAUUAGUAAGAAAAAGUUAAGUUGCCACAAGGCAAUUAGCAAGGUGCUACAAUGAAGUUGGUAAUAGGUAUCCACGAAAGUAAACUUUUCAUGUUUAGUGUUUAACAUAUAGUUAUGAGUUUUGUCCUAUUUGCUUGUGUAUUGGGAACUUCAUAGUGAAUAGAAUAUUUUUAUUGUAUAUUUGAUGCAUUAUAUACUGAAUGUAUUUUAAUUUGCCUGGAAUCUGGGAUUUUGUUACGCUAUCAGAUACAGAUAUUGUACAUUGCUAUUGUGUGAACUGGGUACCUCAAUUACACAUCAUUUGGAAAUAAACACUGUGAUAAA